UGCAUGAGAAUCUCGUUGCAGUAAAGGUGCAGGCGCAUGCGCAGAUCUCUCUGUCUUUUGUUGGUAGGGAAUGACUGGCGUUUUCAAUACUCUCUGCUCCAGCAUCGCAACAUUUCUAAGCGAAUCUUCUCUAUACGGUACAGUGGGUGGAUACAACUCUGGAAAGAGGAUUUGGCGAUUGAAGACGGUGUCCUGAAGCGGUCGAUUGUGUGAUCAGAGCGUCUGGAAUCCUCUACACUUAACCCAUCAUGGCUGAUCUUGAUACUGAUUUCACCAGUGGAGAUGCUGGGGCUUCCCUGACCUUCCCCAUGCAGUGCAGUGGUCUGCGUAAGAACGGCUUUGUGGUGCUGAAGGGGCGUCCCUGCAAGAUUGUGGAGAUGUCUACCUCCAAGACUGGCAAGCAUGGGCAUGCCAAGGUGCACUUGGUUGGAAUUGACAUAUUUACUGGCAAGAAAAAUGAAGAUAUCUGUCCCUCCACCCACAACAUGGAUGUUCCUAACAUCAAGAGACUGGACUAUCAAUUGGUUGGCAUUACCGAUGGCUACCUUUCCCUGUUGAAGGAUAAUGGAGAUUUGCGUGAGGACCUCAAGCUGCCUGAAGGGGAUUUGGGCAAAGAAAUAGAGAGCAAAUUUGAAUCUGGGGAUGAAUUUCUGGUCUCCGUAUUGGCUGCCAUGGGGGAAGAGUGUCCCAUUGCCAUCAAGCCCAUGAGCUCAUAAUGAACAGAAGCUGACGGGCAGGUUGAGUGAGGGCCUCUAUACCACAAAUAUUCCAUUUUAGUUCUAAAAGUCACCAAAGCCACAGCCUUCACAAACCACCCAGAAUUGGUUCUGUUAAACAGUAAAGAUGCUGGACCUUUUGACCUGUCUCAUGAGGUGUUGUCUAAUCAGGAUAUUUCCAUAUCUCAAUGGGUUUCCUGCGCGCUUGUUGUUAAUUUCUCCUAAUCCAUUCCUCUUUCAUUAUACAGAAGCACUUUUAUCAUUCAUUAUUAAAAAUGGGAAUAGUUUUUUAAUGCUCUCCUUAUUGCAGAAACCUUUUUAUUCAUGCCGACGGGCCUUAAACUGUUGCAAAUCAGGCAGCAGCCAUAGAAGAUGACCUCUAUGAAUGACACUGACUAGUUUGCCGGCGUUUUGGUACAUCUACUUUUGUGCCAAAGCCUGUGUGUCUCAGGUAGGCUAGGGUUCGUCUGCAUGUCGCUUGGACAGCUUGCCACUUGUCGGGGUGACCGGAAACUAGCGAUCCUAAGGCAGACUCAACAUUUACUGACAUUUAAUUCAGACCAAAUAUAAUGUAACUGAUCUGAGUAACACAACCAGUUUUUUUUUUUUUUUUUUUUUUUUUUUUUUAAGUUUACAGCAUUUGUCCCUCGAUUAAUUGACAUUUCUUUUGGUAGCAACGGAGCAAUAACCCAACUUUGUUUGUUACAUCUUUUUAGUCGUAAGGGAAGAUGAUUAUAAGAAGGGCCUUUGAGCUUUGCAUUGGCUACGGACGCCCUCUGUAACAAACUCUGUUUACAGUAGCUUUGUUAUACAACACAUUUUUAUGCUGCAAAAUUUGCUUAUUUUUUUGUACUUGUGGACAGGCACAAUGUGUGCUCAAGGGCUUCAAUAUCAAUACUUUCUUUAGUAUUUCUUUAGUAUGUACACUUUCUUUAGUACAUUUUAUUGCAUCUUGCAUGCACCUGACUUGUUUACUGGUUUAAAGGCUUUAUUUGUUUAGUCCCCCCCCCCCCGCCCCCUCCCACCACCUUCAGGGCACAGUUUGCAUUUGGCUCAUAACAAAUAUAGUAUUUUUAUAGUAGGCAUUUUUAUUUACUCUGAAAUUCCUUUCUUGAUGUAGAAAUGAGGAACGUUGCUAUUAUAUCUUUGCAUUUGAUUUCCUCUAGGUGUUAGUUUUGAUUCAGAAUUUUCCUCUUAGUAGUUUUUGUUUACUGUAAGAUGGGUCAACAGAUGAAAAUGCUCUUGGUUGGGUAGAAUGUUUUUCUUCGAGGGAUUUUCAGCUGUGUUGGCUGUCAUCUUACUAUGUUCCCUAUUUCAACUAGUGUUCAACUUGUUCUUGUAAAUCUAGCUCUCAUAUAAAAGUAGCCAUAGAUCUGAGAGCUCAAGUGGAAAGUAUUGUAUGACUGUACAGUAUUGAGAAACUUUCACAUUGGCAUAUCAAACUCAGCGAGUCUCUCAGGUUUCCAGUGUUCAGUUAUUUUGCUGUUUGUAGUUUUGGUCCUAAAUAUCACUGUUAAAUACCUCUGUCUCUAUCUGCAAAACAUUAGUAUUCAUGCCUACAAGUGAAUCACACACUUUAUUUACUGGAUGCAUAUAUUUGGUUCAGUUCUUGAAUUUAGCAGCUUGACUAUCAGCGACGGGCAGAAAGAUACUUGGGUCAUUAUAUUACCAGUGCAAACUGUAAGAAGGUGCUUAAUCAGACAAGCAGUAGAAAUGAUAGUGUUCAGUGUUUUUCGUAUAGCUAGUUGAAUGAUAAUUGUAAGAAACCACAGAUAGGGAUAAGAGGGGAGCAAUUAUAAUAAACUCAACUGAAAAACUGA